AUGCAGCGCUUUAGCCACUUUCUGAUCCAGGACAGCGACUCGGACAUCGCCGAGGAGGCUGCGCCGCGCGCGAACCAGCCCACCAAUGUUGCGGAUGGCUCCUUGCACGGCUCCGCGGUACAGGAAUGUGCCAGCAACGGCACCCUUCACUCUUUGCCGCGUAAUACUGAGAAUGGGGCGCCGACUGCAAAGCAGCCAGCAGCCCCGCAGGAAGCCCCGCAGGCAACCCCGCAGGCAGCCCCGCCAUUGGAGCACACUAUGAACAGAGACGGGUCGCCGACGUCCUCACCGCACGCGUUGCCUCCCACCUCACCUGACUCCCACAGGCUAAAUGGGUCGGCGGCGAACCAGGCCUCCUUGCUGCCGUCGUCGCAUCACCAUGCCAGCGCCGGUGCAGCAGCGGGAGGGGGGCCGAGCUCUCAGCCCAGGGACGGUACCGACGCCGAGGCGCACAAUUCGGUGCAGUCGCCCCAUGCCGACGACGUCCCUCCACACGCGGACGAGGGGGUAGCCCCACCGACGCAGAAGAAGGCGUCUGCUUGCUGUGGGCUUUUCUCCAUCUGCAAGCGGGGGAAGACAUGCGCUUGCUGCAGGCUCUUCUCCAUCUGCAAGCGGAAGAAGAUACCGACGGCGGCGGGAGGCAUGGAGGUGCAUUCAGCGCAGGCACCUGCGGAGGAGGCGAUGCCCAACACCGAGGCACAGAAUUCACCUGCACGCGUCGUCGAAGCAAGGGCGACCGAGGGCUCCUCGGAGCGAGAGCUAAGCAUUCCCGUCGCGGAAGGCGCGGCCUCCCCCAGGCAUUCGUCAGCGCCGUCCAGCAAGAGAAGCUGUGCACAGCCAAAUGAGGAGGAGGCCGGAGGAGAGGAGGUUUCGUUGCCGCGGCCCAGAAACGGGUCCUCUGCAGACGCGUUUGCCGGACAGUCAGCUCCCGACGCUGCUCUUCCGUCCAAUGAAGCGACGAACGGGCCGUCUCAGGCCACCGGCGCCGACGCUGCGGAGGACGGCGGUGCCUCGAAAUACAGCACGUUACCAGUACCCUCCGUUUCGCAAGGCCCAGAUGCGGUUCACAACGAGCCAGACGAUCCGGCGACGGCGGCCGGGGCAUCGGGAGACGCUCAGAAGCCUGCAACCAAGGGGCGCCAUGUGAAGCGCGUCAAAGCUGUGGUGCGGCGCCGUCGGUCAAAACCGGCGAAAGGGAGCGGCGACAGCGCGGGAUCGGCGGGCUCGGACAAGGCAUCUGACAACAGCGAAGACGAGGAGCGGUCUGCGCACAGCGCAGAGGCUAGGGUGGCAGCGGCGUCCUCUGACCCGUCCUUUAAGGCCAAGCGGCCGUCACUGCACUCGCACGCAGCUGUUGCCGCACCGGACAGCUUCACACACACCGGUAGUGGGAGCUAUAAGGAUUCUGGUUCCUACUCGUACGGGUACUCAAGCAGCUAUAGCGCUUCGAACAGCCGCGCCGCAUCGCGCACGGGAUCAAGCAUUGGUUUGGCGCAGGAACCGGUUGCCUCAGGUGCCCCGCGGCGACGAUCCGUGCAAGCGUCCUCCGCGCGGUCUCUCGUGCACAGUGCCCAUGUUGUCUCCUCCGCCUCCAAGCGCAGCCACAAGCCCACUAGCAUACUCCUGCAGGAAGAGGAGCUCCCCCUGUCCAUGCCAGCUUAUCGACGGCGCGUUUUGCUCGACCUGCGCGCGCGGGAAAGGCGCGACGCUGAGGAGGCGGCGAGGGAGUGGCGCGAGCUUACUUUCCGACCUCAAAUACACAACCCGUACAACAACUGCCUCGACGCGUCACCGGCGGUGACGACAGACCGCAGCCACUCACCCUUCAGCGAGUCUCACGGGUUUCCCGGGCAUUCCUCUGCGUCCGUCUUCUCAGAGCCCUCCCCGGGUCGCUACCAGAUUCGCCGCGUCUCCCCCCGCCUGUUGCAGUCGCGCCGCGCACCGCAGCAGCCCGCGCCACCGCCGUUCAAGCCCGUCAUCUCCCAGUACGCGAAGAACUCGGUAAAGCCGAAACUCGAUGUCUUCACGCGCCUAUACAUUCCCCGCAGCCCCUCGCCGCCAGCGCCGGGUGACACCUACCCGCACAAGCCGGAGAUUUCAAAGUUGGCGUGUGAGCUGUACACGCGCCGCCGCUCUGAGGGCGACGAAGCAACACCACCGCGCAGGUCGGUGUUCGAUCGCCUCUACCGCGCGCGCCGGUCCCCCAGCUCCAGUCCCACUAAGUCUCCCUCCCGCUCUGCCGUGCUCGGGCCGUCUUUCAAGCCCCAAAUCACUGAAAGGGCACGCCGCCAGUCGGCGAUGUUACCAAAGGAGCCGUUUGGCGACCGGCUUUACCGCAACAGCCGCUCGCCGAGGCGUGAGAACCAUUCCCCGUUCCGCGCGCGUGAACAGUUCCGAGGCGACUACGGCACCGAACAUGUGACGACGAACGACAUAAGUAAGGACAGAUCUUCAUGGUCGUCAGAGUCGUCCAUUGCGGUGAGGGGUACGGCGACCGCGUCGACGAAUCUCGACCGCCGCUUAUCGCAAACCCAGGCCACGCUGGAAGAUGUGUAG